AUGACGACGACGACGACGACGACGAGUUUUUCAUCUUCAUCAUCCCUGGUAUCAUCUAUUCGCGAGAACAAUAAGAUCAAAUAUUCGAAUAAAAAAAUUGGAAUUCCAAAGACGAGAAAAAGACCCCGACGGGGAGGAACGAGUCACGUGAUGACGGUUUUCGCAUUCGCCUACGACGACGUGUUUUCCAUCGUCAAAAGACCGUACGCGACUCGAGAACCGAUGUCGAGCGAAGACGAACAGAUUUGGCAAAAAAACGAGGAGAAAAUCAUCGAAUUCGUUAGAGAGUUUCACGAGGAAGUUUUAGAAGCAGAGGAGAAGCUGUCGCGAACGAAAGCGGAGACUUUAGUCGUAAAAGCGCACUCGUCCGCGAUAUGCUGCGCGUUCGGUCGAAAGAGAAACGAUGAUGAAGAGUAUUUACUCGCGGUGGCAAUCAUCUCGACGGAUUGCGCGACGGUUGGGAUCGUCGAGUCUGUGAUGGUAAACGCGAGCGCGUGCGGGAACGAUCUUUUGUACGUCGAGAACGUGAAACGAUUCGCGGUGCAAUCCGCGUGCGAAAGGUUGUACAACGGGGACCACAUUUGCGACGUCGGCGCGAGGGUGAAAUACGAAGACGCGAUGUUGUUCGCGCUAGAUUUCAAAAUGGGAGUUUAG